GCUACUAAACCAACAAUGCUUUUUUUAUGUUAUUUAUAUAUUCAGAACCUCCAAAGGUCUACCAAUGUGGUGUACCAAGCCCAUCAUGUUAGCAGAAACAAGAGAGGACAAGUUUUGGGCACAAAAGGUGGAUUUCGUGGCUGCACAGUAUGGCUAACAGGUCUUUCUGGGGCUGGUAAAACAACCAUUGGGUUUGCCCUUGAGGAAUACCUCAUGUCUCAUGGCAUCCCUUGUUAUUCUCUUGAUGGGGACAACAUUCGUCAUGGUCUCAACAAGAAUCUAGGUUUCUCUGCUGAUGACCGAGAAGAAAAUAUCCGCCGUGUUGCUGAAGUUGCCAAACUAUUUGCAGAUGCUGGCUUAGUCUGCAUUACUAGUUUCAUUUCUCCUUUUGCAAAGGACCGUGAGAAUGCACGGAACAUUCAUGAGACAGCCAGGCUUCCUUUCUUUGAAGUUUUUGUGGAUGCACCUCUCAAUAUCUGUGAAAGUAGGGAUGUGAAAGGCCUAUACAAAAAAGCACGAGCUGGAGAAAUCAAAGGAUUCACUGGAAUCGAUUCGGAGUAUGAGAAACCAGAAAUGCCCGAACUUGUGCUGAAAACCAACAUUUUUUCAGUGACUGAAUGCAUCCAGACUAUUGUGGAGCUCCUGCAAGAACAGAACCUGGUUCCUUCCACUGCAAUUAAAGAAGUGCUUGAACUGUUUGUACCUGAAAAUAAAGUGGAACAAACUUGGGCUAAAGCUGGUACUUUGCCAUCUAUAAACAUUACCAAGUUGGAUCUGCAGUGGGUUCAAGUCCUAAGUGAAGGUUGGGCCACUCCACUCAAAGGGUUUAUGCGGGAGAAAGAAUAUUUGCAAGUUAUCCAUUUUGGCACUUUGCUCGAUGGAGUGGGUAAAAUUGGUAUAUUCAAGCUUGAUGGUGUUAUCAACUUGAGCAUACCGAUUGUACUUCCCGUCUCUGCAGAAGACAAAAAACGCUUGGAAGGGUGCAGUGCAUUCACCCUGGAGUACAAUGGGCGGAGGGUGGCAAUCCUUAAAAAUCCAGAGUUUUUUGAACACAGGAAGGAAGAGCGUUGUGCUCGCGUUUGGGGAACCACCUGCGCAAAGCACCCACAUGUAAAAAUGGUGAUGGAGAGUGGAGACUGGCUUGCUGGGGGUGAACUCCUUGUACUAGAGAGAAUAAAAUGGAACGAUGGACUAGACCAAUACCGCUUGACUCCGUUGGAGCUGAGGGAGAAGUUUAGAGAGAUGAACGCAGAUGCAGUUUUUGCUUUCCAACUUCGUAAUCCCGUGCACAACGGACAUGCUCUACUAAUGCAGGAUACUAAACGCCGGCUGCUGGAGAAGGGCUAUAAGCACCCAGUGCUGCUCCUGCAUCCUCUCGGCGGAUGGACCAAGGAUGAUGAUGUGCCCUUGGACUGGCGCAUGAAGCAGCAUGCUGCAGUGCUAGAAGAGCAUGUCUUGGAUCCCAAAUCCACCGUCGUGGCAAUUUUCCCUUCUCCUAUGUUGUACGCUGGCCCGACGGAGGUCCAGUGGCAUUGUAGGUCUCGAAUGAUUGCUGGUGCCAAUUUCUACAUUGUGGGUCGAGAUCCGGCGGGUAUGCCUCAUCCAGAGACCAAGAAAGAUCUGUAUGAACCCACACAAGGUGGAAAGGUGCUUAGCAUGGCUCCAGGACUAACCUCGGUGGAAAUAAUUCCCUUCCGAGUAGCUGCAUACAACAAAGUGCAAAAAGCAAUGCUUUUCUAUGAUCCGGACAGGCACAAUGAAUUUGAUUUCAUUUCUGGCACACGCAUGAGAAAAUUGGCUCGUGAAGGUGACAAUCCCCCCGAUGGGUUCAUGGCGCCCAAAGCAUGGAAGGUGUUGACAGAAUACUACACAUCGAUGGGAAAAAAUAAUUAAUUAUGCCGUCUCUUGUCAAAGUGCCUUUAUUUUAAAUAUGCUCUGCUAUAUUGAUGAAUACGCUAUGAUGUUUCAUCUAGUUUGGAAUCUUUUGGUUGAUGGGCAUUUUCUCUCUGCGCCAUACAAUGGUUCCGGACCAGCUUUUUCCAUUUCUAGAGCUUAAAUGGGCGAUUUCUUCUUAAUUUCAAAGGAAUGCCAUAAAAGAAGUUUUUUACUGUACACAUAAAAAAAAAUAAGAUCAAAAUAAUGAAUUCAAAGCCAUAAAGAUCCAGCUCCCGCAGCCUUUGCCAAAAAAAAAAUAUUAUUGAAACUAUGAAACACAGCAAACUAUCACAUUAAUGCUCUAAAUUGAACUCCUAGAAACAAGGAGGGAUAAACUACCGUAAUAUUUUCCCAUUGUGAUUUGUUUGCUUUUUGGCCUCCACCAAAAACUUUCAUGUACUGUUGGGGGUGAAGAGAGAGGAUUUCAUGGUAUGUCAUUUUUUUAGAUGAUGAUGAUAAUGAAGAUGAAAUAAGAGUUAGUAUAAUCAGCAUUUCUCAACAAGAGAAUUCCGUGGCAGGUUUUUUUUGGAAACAGUCACAAAGCUGUGCUUGUUCUGAAAAAUUCUUUACAAAUAGCAUUUUGGUCAACUUGGACCAAGAAAUGCACCUUUAUCACCCUUGACAUUGAGUUUCUUUAUAGCCUUGGCCAAAUUCUUUCAUGAAGGACAUCCAAAAGCAUUUCCUCCUCAACUGGGUGCUAAUAACGUCAUUAGAGUCUAAAUGACUGUCCUUUUACAGCUGCCCUCAUCUCGGAAACCAAAGCUAUGUAGUCCAAUACUACUUUUAUUGUAAAUAUAUAGUAGUAGAAUCUUACGAGUCUGAAUACAUUUUCUCCCUCUCUCUCUUUAUCCUUGGGAGAUCUAGAGAGGGUCUUUCCUGAAACUUUAUUCAAGAUACAUUUCUGCUCCCUUCUUUUUUUUUGGCUAUUAUCUUGGUAGUUGCUUUUCCAUCUCUCCCCCAAGGCCAUUUCCUUUUCCCACUACAGUUGCCCAAGUCAGCAUUCAUCAUGAUUGCCUUAGCUCAGGGGUAUCAAACUCGCGGCCUGUGGGCAGGAUGUGUCACGCGCUGGCCAUGCACACCCAAAUUUAGCAAAAGUAAGGGAAAGUUGUGUUACAUCACGUGAUGACAAUGUGAUGACGCGGGUUUGACACCCCUGCCUUAGCUUAUGCAAUGCAAGGGCUGACUUUGACUGGAGAGACAUGGAUUCAUUCCUAACCAUCUUCUAAGGCAGGGUGUCAAACUGGCAGCCUAUGUGCUGGAUGCAUCACACACAGGCUACGCCCACUCCGUCUCCGUAAAGGCAAAAGUCAUGAUACGUCACGUGACGCAAUCGAGCUUGACACCUGUUCUAGGGUGAUGUAGAAAGUAAUGACAGCUACAAUGCUGUCCUGCCCUUAUUUUAUCUGACUCGAUUUAUCCACUGAUAAACUCUGAAUUCUCUUAGAUGACCAGAUCCAAUGAAGGUGUCUUGAAGAGAAAGAAAUUGUUAAUAACUGGUUUAAACAACUGAUUCAUGUACAAUGGCUGAUAGCUUAGUAUUUUUUUGUAACAACCAGUCUUAUCAUCAUCUAAAAGAGGUGUUUAUAACUAGUGGGAGGGGGGGGAAUCCAGAGACACCCUCAGAUAGGGGUCGCUAAACUUGGCAAUUUUAAGACUUGUGGACUUCAACUCUCAGAAUUCUCCAGCCAGCUAUGGGGAAUAGCUUCUGGGAGUUGAAGUCCCCAAGUCUUAAAGUUGCCAAGUUUAAAGACCUCUGCCCUACGGCAACUUGAAUUUGGAGUAGAUACUUAAGAGAAAGGUGAAUGCCUGCGCAGGACACAACCCCUUUUUCCAUAGGAAAAACUUCUUGCAUUUUAUAUAUAUUGAAUCAUGACGAUUCCUGUAUUUUUAAUUCUUUUCCUCUUGGUAAGGAGCAAAUAAGCACAAACAUAUUAUCAUGGUUGAUGAAUCCCAAAUUACGGGGCUGUAUUCCAGAAUCUGCUCAUAGGGGUAGAAAACAUGUUUUAGUUGUAAUUUUUUUCUGUAUACAAUUGGUUCGGUCAGAAUUAAUUGACACAUUCCUUUUGCAUCUUAAUACAUCCGACAUGAAGGCAGUUUAACACAGUAUACCUUCUGAUAUUUUAUUGCUUUUAAAAAAAAAAAAACCAGCUCUUUUUACUAUUGUGCUACUGUACUUAGUGUUUCGGACUGUGGCAAGGAGUGAAACACUGUACAAAUCAGAAUAGCCACGUCAUGAAAAAUCACUGAGAAGGUACGAUCAGUCUCAACUUUAUCUACAUUAUUAUUUCUUUCCAUCACCCUAGUCUGAGAUAGCCCUCCUUUUGAGCAUAACACUUGGUGCUGUUGUACCAUGGGACACAUAGUUAGCUGCUGCUAUGAUUAAACAGAAUCUGGGCUCUGAAAUCCGUGUCCAAAAUCAAGGGUUAUUGAAAACUUGGAAUAAAACAGCUGCCCUUUGCUCUGUAUGAUAUACAAGGCAAGUCCAGCUGCUACCUGUAUUUUCGCAACUGGGGAAUUGUUGCAUUAAAUGUCUUCAGUGUAUUAUUUAUUUUUGUAAGUUUUAUAAAGUACAACUUUAUUUGAAAAAGCAAUUCAAGGCACUAUAAAAUUUGGAAUCAGUACAUCAGGCCAAACAUAUUAACUGCAGAACUGGAAAGAAUAAAAAGGAUGGAAUUUAAAAUAUGUUAAUUGGAAAUCCACAAAUGCUCUGAAACUUUCAUUUGCCUAUCCAUCCAUCCAUCUUUUGGGUAUAACUAUUCAUAAUUGUUACAAUUUAUUCCUAUUGUGAUUCCCACAAGAUGAAAAACUGAUUCAGAUCAUGGAUUAUAGAGCCUAAAAUGGAUUGUAAUCAUAAUUUGGGCAUUUAUAUUAGCUAUAGGUAUGCUGUUAUUUUUUUUCUUUAAUGAUUUCGAUUUUUCACUAUUCCUGUCCAAAAAUAGGCAAGUUGCUUUACUCAUUUUCCUGUAGCAAUUAUGCAACAAAGUCAUUUUUGUGGUUUAAAUGCAAAUAUUUGAAAAUGCUUUUUAAAACAUUGGGAUAGCAUUUAAUGCUUUUUGAAUCUUUGUGACCAAGAGAAUAAAACAAAUUUCCUGUUCUUUUCUUUUUUUUGUGUGUUAAUUGAAUGCAAUAGAUAAGCAGUAGCCAUCUUGCAAAUUGCAAUGACCAGAAGACAAGAUAGCCAGUACAAUUGGUAGAAGGUUCCAGCAUUAUCUAUAUUAGCCAGAAGGCCUUUUAUAACCGAGAGCUUUGGAAGGGAGCUUGAAGAUGUCAUCUUGCCAUUGUAAUCUAAAUGUUUAUAGUGCCAAUAUUUUUGCAGGUUUUUAACCUUAUAGUACUAUAGAGUCCAAAUAAAUACCUUGUAAUGUGCCUUUUCCUCUUUCUACAAAAAUGCAACCUAUAAUAUUUUAUAGCAUAUUUAUUACAGACUCAAAACCGACAUGUAUGCCUUAACUGUUGCAUCUCUUGACAAAAAUAUCUUCUGGUCUAUUUCAUUUUGGUGACAAUAAAUAUUUUACUGUUUGAA